CAACAUGCAACGAGAAGAAAUGGAAGUGAGCAUGCAAUUUAUUGAAAACAGCGGUAAAACUGAAACAGGCUAUUUUUAUUAUGGUAUAACACAUUUUCACACACACAGUUCCACAAAAACAAUUGUCUAAAAAGGUGGCAUUUUUGGUCAAAAAAAGUAAACUUUUUGGCGUCAAAUGACAACAGCACACCAUUAUGACUUAUUACUCCAUCAUUUUAAUCUCAAACAUCAUAUUCAUCUUCCUACUCAAUCACCAUAUAUUUAUGAUCAUAUUUUUGGGGGCAUAUGAUUAUUGAUUAUUAUUGAAUUAUGAUAUAUCAGAAUUUAUGAUGUUCAUAAAAUGCCAUUAACCUUUAUUACUUCCUCAGUUAUAAAUCAUGUGACUGUUUAACUGGUAGGCGAUGCAGAGAUGAUCACUGAAAAGGUCGGCACAAAGGACCCAUUGAACGAUCAUGCAGUGUAAAACCACGAAACAAAUUGAAUUAAAAAACACUUUUUGUGAGGCAUUUCAACUCUCUAACAAGAGGAUACCUAAGUUUCAAUUUCUUGCUUAGUUUCUAUUACUGCAGUUUCUUUUUUUAGUAGUGCCUAAUCCCAUCUAUGUGUACAGUCAAAAUAGACACGCCCAGGAUCACAAAAACGAGAGUAGCCAAAGCAGUUGUUUCUGCAGCACAAACCCACAUCUGCAUUUGGUCCAGGAAGCGGGGUGUUAAACUCUGCUGAUCAGAUUAGAUACUAGUCUAUGGGAAUUUUGGAGGCCAAGCCAACAUAAACUCAUUGCUGUGCUCCUCGAACCAUUCCUGAACCAUUUCUGUGGCAGAGCACAUUAUACUGCUGAAAGAGGCAACAACCAUGAGAAAACUCCUGUUCCUAUGAAAGAGUGAACAUGGUCUACAAAAAUGCUUAGGGGAAGGAGACUGUCAUCAGCCCAAACGCCAUGAGCUGUUCUUACCUGCCUCUCCAGCACCACCCCGUUGAGCUCACUGCACCACUCCUCCCCUGCAGUCGCGCCCGGGACCACACCUCCGCCACAGGCACCCUGACAGGUCUGUGGCUAUGUAGCUUCAUAUGCAACAAACUGAAGCACUGUGUAUUCUGACAUCCUAUCAGAAAUAGCGUGAACUUUUUAGCAAUCUUACCUACAGUAGUUUGUCUAUUCGUCUUGCCAAAUGGACCAGCCUUCACUGCCAACAUGUACUGGUGAGCCUUGGCCACCCAUUACCCUGACCCGUUAUGCCUGAUCUGUGUAUAUCAACAAAACUGAUUUUUUAAUAAAUGUAAUUUUCAAACAUUUUAUUUUCAAAACUGAGAGCAUGCUGACUUUAUCGCCAGCAGAAAUACUGAAAGAGGGAUGAUCAACUAUACUGGUGUUCUAUAGUCUUGUGAAUGUGAAACAAUCAAAAAUGGAAAGCAGCAGCUCAGAAAUUGAGUGGCGUGAGCUUCCAUAUGACAGCUGGACAGAAUCUCAUGUUAGUUCCUGGCUGAAAUCCAUUGGAAUAAAAGAAUUGUACAUAGGAAAAAUGAUGGAGGAGGAAGUGACAGGACCAGUUCUCACAACUGUAGACCGGGAUUUCCUCAACAAAACAAUUGGAAUGAAAAGUGGCCAAAUUGAACACCUACUGAAGAAACGAGAUGAACUUUUAAUACCGGAACAGCAGAAAAUAAAAAAGACAAGCGAUUCAUCUGGCAAGAGUAGAGAUGGCAAAAAGGAAGCUGUUAAAGAUGUAGAACAAGAACCAAAGCUUUCAUCACAAGAACUAUGUGACGGAGCAAAGGAUAAAAAUAUUCCUACAGAGAGCAAUGAUAACAUAUCCACUACAGAAGUGGUUUCCUGUGACUAUCGUAAAUUUGACCAGGAUGAAAAGGACUUCAGGUACGUGAAACAUCAUGUGCUUCCUCCUGAGACAGGGACUGAAAACAUGAUGGUUCCAUGCCAUGAAUAUAAGUCGCUUGAGAUUGCAUACAAACUAGACUCAAAGAGGUUACAAGUAAAAGUAGCCAGUGAAGUGUUAAGAUUUGCAUGCGCAUGCAUGAAUAUGAGAGCAAAUGGGACAAUUCACUUUGGCAUCAUGGAUAAAGUCAAAGGAACUCACAAACAUGGAGAAAUCAUCGGGAUACCUGCAAACAAUCGAGAAGACUUUGUGGAUGCAUUAGACUACAUUGAAAGGUGCUUCAAAGGGUCAAAUCAACAAAGUGAUGCCAGGAGUUGUAUAAGGCACCCGCGAUUCAUUGAGGUGCUUGACAAGGAAAGUAGUGGGAACACAUGGGUCAUUGAAUAUGACAUUGUCCCAAAAGCAAGCAUUGUAAAAGAUAAGCUUUACUAUGUUGGUGUUCCUAAAUUCUCUGAAAAAGACAACAAAGUCAAAUGUGAAGAGAAAAUUCCCUAUUACAGAGUUGGAGCAAACACACCACGUGUACCUGAAGACGACCUUGUUCCUUUCAUUCAAGGACUGAGAGAAAAAGACCAACAGAGAGAGGAGGCAGAAUCUACAAGCAAUGAAACAACUCUGGACUUUGGCGAGGAUCAAAAGAGGAAACUUGCUAUCCUCCUAACAUGUGGGAAAAAGCACAUGGACAACUCUCUGUUUUACAUUGUUGUAACAAACAAAUUUCAACCAGCGCAUCUUGACAACAUAAGCUUCUUAGUUCACAUGAAUUUAUUCUGUGUGUUUGACUUUGACCCAGAUUCAAAAACAUCUGGUCUUUGUGGAAAAUACAAGAAACAGAAAGCAGUAAACCUUCACUUUUUUGAUGACUAUGCAAAAGACAAGAGAAUUGAUGACAUCAAAAAGUCUUUACAACUUCCUGAGAGAAUAAGUUGGAUUUUCUGCAAUGGAAGAAACAACUUCCCAGGUGGAGAACAACCCUGUGAUGGGAAAACUUGGAUCAAAACAAGAAAAAGGAAACUGAAAAAAGCAGUGUCACUCAUCUGCAAUGACAUCCUUUCCAGACGUUCAUUUGUUGUCCUUUUCCUGCUCAUGUCCGAUGUUGAACAGCCACUUGUUGAGACUUUCCAUGAAUUCUACUCAGAAAUGAGCGGACAUGAAUUUUUGGCAGUCAUAUCAGAGUCAAAGGAAAACUACAAGAAGUGGUCAAGUCUUGCCCAGGUGUCUUGCCCGAUUUCUGAUCUCAAAGAAAUCAGCAUUGUUGAAAUGCCACUGAGUCACGUGGAUGCCACAGUUCAAAGCAUUCAACUAUUGAAAAAUCAAUCCACAAGGACAUUACCAGUCCCAAAUGGAGGCCUGUGCUUCCUAAAGUCAGUUGAAGAGGCUAUGCUAGAUUCUUUGGAAAUCAUCAGUGUUGAUCAGUGCAAUGAUACAAAACUAGAGAUCAUGAGUGAGGAGGAAAUCCAACAAACUGAGAGCUACUUCUAUCGAGGUGGAAAGAUCAACUGGAUCAACUUCUGGCUUGCUGAUAAACACAAGUGUGGGGUGAUUAUAGAGAGGGAUGCCUACAAAGAAGCAAAUAACAUUCUAGAAAAUAUAGUACAUCGUCCCAAAGCCAUACGCCCCAUAGAGAGUGUGAACAUAUACCAUCAUCCAGGUAGUGGUGGAAGUACAGUAGCACGGCAGAUCCUUUGGAGGUGGAGAAAUAAAGUGCGAUGUGCAGUUGUUAAGCAGGGUAAGGAAAUCACAACUGUGUGUGAACAUGCAGUGAAACUGAGGGAACAUGAUGAAAACGACAAAAAUAUCUGUCUCCCAGUGCUCCUCCUGCUAGAGGACCACAAUCCAGAUUACAUCAAUGACCUCAGAGGGCACCUUGGAAAUGUUAUUGCAACUAAAAAGAUAAGUUCCUCUGUGUUGUGCUUUAUCCUGCUCAUCUGCAACCGGUCAAACGAUCCAGAAAGUAUGUGCAGAGCAUCAUUAUCUCAAACAGUAGCAGUCACUCACAAGCUGUCUGCAGAAGAGAAGCCCUUGUUCUCAAAAAAGCUUGAGCAACUCAAAAUGCAAUUUGAACCUGACUUCAUCCUCACAUUCGUACUGAUGACUGAAGGGUACGAGCGAAGCUACAUUAAAGACUUUGUAAAAAAUCUUCUAGAUAAAAUCGAUCAUUCAACACCCACAACUCGUCUCAUCAGAUUCGUGGCUCUCUUGAAUUGCUACGUAAAAGAUUCGUACAUAUCUGUGUCACACUGUGAAGCAUUACUCGGCAUUGCAACAUAUAUGGAUAGAACUCAGUACCAUGCCUUUGUGGAUCAUCUAAGUGAUGAAGCCAGGCUCAUUUUCAUCCACCUUAACCAAAGUUCAACACACAUCCCAUCGAUACGAAUUAUUCAUCCACUGGUGGCAAAAGAAAUUCUGAGUCAGCUGUCUGCUAAUUUGCCUCAGAGUGAUAUUGCCAUGGAUCUCAUCAGUGAUAAGGUACUGAUCAAUCACAGGUUUGACAGAGAUGAAUUUCUGAGGUUUAUCAGAGCUCUUUUCAUUAGACGCAACAAGAAGAGCAGAGGAGAUCCUAAAGACACAACUUUUUCACCCCUUAUUGAGCAUGUCCGUGAUGUUGAUAAAGGGGGUGUUCAGAAAGCUGUUGAUCUUAUGAAAGCUGCUUACAUAGCUUUAGGAAAAGAUGCAUGUGUAGCACAACAGCUUGCUCGGCUGCUUUACACUCAUAAUAGAUUUGAAGAGGCUCUUGAAUGGGCCAAAGAAGCAAAAUCUCUUGCACCACAUGAUACAUUUAUCCUUGACACACUGGGACAAGUGUAUAAGUGGUGGUUUUAUCACUUGUAUGAUACCCUUGAAGAAAAAGAGCCAUCCCCUGAAACGGGAAUUGAAAUCAUAAGCACAGCAGUCAAAGGAAUCUCUGCCUUUCGGGCUUCUGAAAAAACACCUAAAAAAGAGACUGUCAACCUUAACAAUUCAUACUAUGGGGAAGUAGAUGUUGGCUGCAGGCUCCUAAAAUUCCUGUCAGGAGUAGAUGUUUUUUCAAACACUACUGGAAAAUCAAAGCUGAUGAAGUACCUGCUGAGAGACUACAUACCAGCAGAGGUCAAAACACCCUGGCAGAAGUUUCAUCAACAGUUGAAAGGCUUACAGAGGAGCUUGAGCCAAGCACUUGAGUGCAUUUCUGAGGAACUCAGCUAUUUUCAAACUGACAUUAGUGAAGAGGAUGAAGAGCUUGAUGCAAGAGAUCCAGAGCAAGUGCACAAUCCAAGAGAGUGGCUGACAAGAAAGAGUGCUGUAUAUGCUGAAUUUUUUUGUCUUACACCAGAUGAGAGUGAUCAAGCAACAGAAAGCAAUGACAUUGACAUGGCUGGUCCGGUUGAAAAGCUUUCUCCAUUCCAAAGACAGAUGAGGGCCUACAAGCUUGGUGGAGGAAAUGUUACAUCUAUCAUCUCACUACUUUAUGACAAGAAACCAGAGAGGGCAGGAAAAAAACUUGAGAAAAUCUUUAGCCUGUACCCAGAAAACCUGAUGUGGAAUGAUCUUGAUCCAACAGAACUCACAAACUUCAUCUUUUGUCAGAUAGCUCUCAACUGUAUUCUACCUGGUUCCUCAAAGCUUCUGUCUCUGCAAAAGCUACAAAAAUUCAGCAAGAGAUUUGUGACAAAAGGGAAACACAUGUCAUCAGCAAGCGCUCUGUUCCUUCUCUCCCUUCUGUUUUGGCCUGAGACAAGUGAUGAAGUAAGUUCUGAUGGUGCUCAGACCCUUUUCUCAGCCAUCGAUGCCCUUCAGAGACUUUGUGAGCAAAAGAUCCAACAAAGGUCUCAGAGGAAAAGCAGGAUUGUGACACACUUCUUUCUGGCAAAGGCAAGAGGUCUUAACAAGAUUGUUCACAGAAGUGCUAUUGAAAAGGAGAUUAAAGGCACUCUAAGUGAAAGAAAACUAAAAUGGCUGGGAGGAGAAGUAUGGAAAACAAAACAAGUUGUGCAACUUCUCAAACGGGUUGAAGGGUGGACAGAAAAUGAAACCUUGUUUGUGAGAUGUGGAAGCAGUGGCAAGAUCAGAGUAGUUCCUCGGUAUAGUGCCUCCCUGCCUCACGGAAACGAAAAAGUCAACUUCUACUUGGGCUUUUCAUUUGAUGGUGUAGUUGCCUGUGACAUCCAAGUGAUGGACUAAUGUCUUCAGUGUAAAUCUCCAAUAAGUAAUAAGUAAUAGUAAAUGUAGUUCACAUGACCUUGACCUAUAAAGAGUUACAGAGACCAUUUGUUGAUUUUACAAAUUUAAUAAGGCCAGUGUGAAACAUGAGUUAUUUCUUUCUGAGUUUGUUAUUGUUUCAGUUCCAAAUACCUUUUUUUUGCAUGUACCACUGAUCUUUAUAAUUAUGACAACUGUAACACAUAUUAAUGCAGCAUUGUGUGCAUAUAACUCCUUACUGGGAUGGAUAUAUGGAGUUAAACUUGUACUGUUCCAACAGUAGUUCAGAUCGGUAAUUACAUAUGAUUCACGUUUGUGUUGACUUGUCUGUACUGAAUACCAAUGUUGUUUCUUUACUUGUAAAAUUGUGAUGUUGUAUUUGCUCACAAAAAUGUCUUGAAAAAGAGUUUUUAAUCCUAAUUACAUUUUACUUGGAUAAAUAAAGGAUAACAAAAAUAAAAAGAAGAAUGUUCAAAAAGUCAGAGUUUAAAAAAAACAUGCAAAAAAAGAAUAAGAAUCACUGUAAAUAAUUUCUGAAACUAUUUUUUAACAGCGUUUACAUUUGGAAAAAUGUUAAACAUUGUGUUUUUCUGUUGUUAGCAUAUUUUUUUUAAAUGAUCUUUGAAUGGUGAAACAAAGUGUGCCUCAUUUCUAGAAAAAAAAAAGGAUAUUCUUGAGAGACUGCAAAUGUGUUCUGAGAUAAUUUUAAUGUGGGACAAUACAGUUCUUGUACAGACGUUCAUGUAAAUACAGACUGCUUUCCCACAAGCAUUGCUUUUGUUUGAUGAUAGUACUUUCUUAACUUACUGUUUGUAUUCAUUUUGUGUUUGUAUCAUGAAAUGUAGAAAUGUUAUUUGCAUUUACAUUUAUUUAGUGAAAACCUCAGUGUUCAACAUCCAGUGCAGAAAAAAUAAAAG